AUGCCUCUGAAACAGAUGGCUGUCACAACGGGUCCAGAUGAGGCUUUUACUCACCUGCAGGCUUCUCAGAAAACCUCACCCGGCGUUCAGGAGGAUUCGUACCUGUCGCUUCUUGGGGACAAUAGCGAGCGCGACGCCGCUCUUAGCGAUCAGGAAGAGAGCGAGCCAAGGCGCAAGGCUGGUGAGCUAGACAGCAAAAAGUCCUCUCGACAGGAGUCACCUGAGGACUGGCAUACCCGAUGUUUAACUUCUCCGUUUUCUUUUGCGGCUCGUUCCACAGAACCUGAAAAAGAAGUAAUUUCUUCAGAUGAAGAUGAUGCCGGGGGCGACGACAGCAAGAGGGACUUAAUUAACAAGUCGCACGUGCCAAGGAAAAGUACGACUCAAAUUAUAAAAGACAAAAAGAAGCAAACUCAGCUAACUCUUCUAUGGUUGGAAGAAAACUACAUUGUAUGUGAAGGGGUCUGCUUGCCUCGUUGUAUUCUUUACGCACACUAUCUGGAUUUUUGCAGAAAGGAAAAGUUGGAACCUGCGUGCGCUGCAACCUUCGGCAAGACUAUUCGCCAGAAGUUUCCACUUCUCACAACAAGAAGGCUUGGAACAAGAGGACAUUCAAAAUACCAUUACUAUGGGAUAGGCAUUAAGGAAAGCAGUGCGUAUUACCACUCUGUGUACUCAGGAAAAGGCUUGACAAGAUUUUCAGGAAGCAAAUUGAAGAAUGAGGGAGGAUUCACAAGGAAGUAUUCUCUUAGUUCAAAGACAGGAACAUUGCUUCCAGAAUUCCCAAGUGCACAGCAUCUACUGCUUCAAGGAUCAAUUUCAAAGGACAGGGCAGACACACUUAUCAUGAUGUAUAAAACACAUUGCCAGUGCAUCUUGGACAAUGCAAUCAAUGGGAACUUUGAAGAGAUUCAGAACUUUUUGCUGCAUUUCUGGCAAGGAAUGCCAGGUCACCUCUUGCCACUGUUGGACAGUCCUGUGAUUGUGGACAUUUUUUGUGUGUGUGAUUCAAUUCUAUAUAAGGUACUGACUGAUGUUUUGAUUCCUGCUACAAUGCAAGAAAUGCCUGAAAGCUUGCUUGCAGAAAUCAGAAAUUUUGCGAAGCACUGGGAGCAUUGGAUAGUUUCUUCACUUGAAAAUCUACCAGAAUCACUCCUGGAGAAAAAAGUGCCAAUUGCAAGACGGUUUGUGUCUUCAUUGAAGCGACAGACAUCAUUUCUACAUCUUGCACAGAUUGCCAGGCCUGCUUUGUUUGACCAAAAUGUUGUGAAUUCAAUGGUCUGUGAUAUCGAAAAAGUCGAUUUGAACAGUAUCGGGUCCCAAGCUCUUCUCACAAUAUCUGGUAGCUCAGAGGAUUCUGACCUGUACUCUGAAUAUGACUCUAUUACAGUUUUUCAAGAACUGAAGGAUUUACUUAAGAAAAAUGCAACAGUAGAGUCAUUUAUCGAAUGGCUGGACACAGUUGUUGAACAAAGAGUCAUCAAGCCAAGUAAGCAAAAUGGAAGAUCAUUGAAAAAAAGAGCUCAAGAGUUUCUUUUAAAAUGGAGCUUCUUUGGUGCCCGAGUAAUGCACAGCCUAACGUUAAACAAUGCAACAAGUUUUGGAUCAUUUCACCUGAUCCGAAUGCUUCUGGAUGAAUAUAUUCUGCUGGCUAUAGAAACUCAGUUCAAUAAUGACAAAGAGCAGGAGCUUCAAAAUUUAUUGGACAAAUAUAUGAAAAAUACAGAUGCCAGUAAAGCAGCCUUCACUGCAUCCCCAAGUUCUUGCUUUCUUGCCAAUCGGAAUAAGCACAGUUUGCUUUCAACAGAUUCAUCGGUAAAAAAUGAGGCCUUGCCAGAGCACACUUACAUCAGUUUAACCACCAAUCAACACAGAAUGGCCACAAAUAUUACAGUGUUCCCAGUUGAGGAUGCUGACAACAUGCCUCUAACAGGUCAAGUGGAACUUUCUCACAACAAUGCUUCAUUAAUGACACCACCCAUUUCACCAGUCGUUAUCAACAGAGGAAGUGUUAUCAACCAGGGGCCAAUGGUCAUGAGAUCCCAAAGUGGAUGCCCAGCUGUCCCAGAGCAUGCCAGCUGUGCCUCUUACUCAGACCCCUCACUGUUUCAGAAUUUAUCCCAGUCCAACCAGAGUUAUUAUCCCAGCAACCCAAGCUACCAGGCCAUCUUCAGGGCCCAGACACAACAACCUUCUUUGAUUUAUCAACACAGAGCAGAAACCAGUCGCUUUUCCUCCUUCAGUGAUCAGCAGCUAUCAAAAGACUACUUCAGCAGUAGCUGUGCUGUGUCACCUUAUAACUCCAAAACUGUGACUAGCUUCAGCUCACCUCCUGACAGCACAACUGACACUCAGAAUAUGCAGGUUGUUAACUCAAGCAACUUCAGUUUUAUUGGAAGCCCUUUAGGUGGAAGCUGUCAAGAAGUGUCCUACUCAGCUUCUGCAUCAAAUGGGUAUUAUGGAAACACCAGCUAUUCUGAAUCUCAGAGACUUGGUCCUUUGAUUGAUCAGCAUGUUUCUGUUAUUAGUAGUGUUAGCACAAUACGUUCUGGAUCUACAUAUAGUGACAUUCAUGACCCUCUUCACAUUUUGGAUGACACUGGAAGGAAAACAUCUGGACCCUUUUAUACAGACAGUUCAUCUCUUGUGUGUCGAGCACCUGUAGCACAACCCAUCCAAAGUGUGAUUUCACCCCCUCUGUCUUCUCAGUGUAUGUAUGGAUCAACUAACCACUACCAUUCCCAAGAACUGGAGCAGCUGAGGCAGCCGAGUGAAGUCAGAGAUUUGGUGUCAUCUCUCCCACCAAUUAAUACAGUGUUCAUGGGAGCUGCGGCAGGAGGAAACUAAGGGCCUAAUCAUGAAUGGAGCCUUCGCUUCAUCCAGUCACUGCACAUCACAGCGCUCUCUCUAAAUUCCAUAUGCAUUCUGUCAUUUGUAUCACAUAAGCUCAAUAGCAACCAGUGUUUUGAGAGAGCUUUAAAUGUGUCAUAUUUCUUUACAGUGUAAACCUUAGAAUUUUUCAGUUAUAUACAUGUGCAAGGCGUAGAAGUGCGGUUUUAGGCUAUGAAUAAUUCAAUCUCUUUAUACAACUCUGUUGUAUUUUGAUGCAUUGUGGUUCCUUGUAAGUGUGAUAACAUAUAAAAACCACAUAGAGAAUAUCA